UAAUUUAUUACUUUUAAGACAUUCAACAUUCAAGACCCUUAAAACCACAUCAAAUACAAAGAAAACAAAACCAUGUCCCAAAAAAAAAAGAGAGCAUGAGAAACAAAGGACAAAAACAGAACAAGUUCUUGAGAAUAAUCUCAGCACCUUUAAGAGCUUUAGGCAAGGCUCGUGAUUUCUACAUGAGAAGCAUCACCGGUUGCUCAGCUCGGACUCACUAUUCAUCCGCAGCCUCCGUCUCCACUCCUUUUCCAAGAAGCCGGAGCUCAUCCUCCGCCGCCUUCUCCUCCUCCGCAUCUACCCGGAGAACAACUGAUUUUGGGAUUGACGAUGAUUAUAGCGAGCUAGUGAGAGCUGCUUCGGUUAGGAGCUUUGGGCACAAGAAUGAGAUCGACAUGUUUUUACACGAGAAGUUGCAACAAGAGAAGCUGAGGCAAAGAGGCUUGCCGAAGAGCUCGAGCGUGGGGAUGGCGAAGAUAGAGGAAGAGGAUGAAGCAGAGGAAGGAUCUGUGAAUCCCAAGAUGGCAAAGAAAGUUUCUGAUCUCAAGUAUCCUCGUAGCAAAUCAUAUGCUGUUACUGGUAGCCCUAAAUUUUAGUUUUAUAUUCCCUCUGUUUCUUGAAGAUAAGACUUUUUAGAAAAAAAUUUGUUUCACAAUAUGGAAAAAUUGUAAACUUCAA